GCCCAGCCGGCCCAGCGAUAACCGUGCCGCCGCGUGCCGCCGACGGCGCUGACCCAGGGCGCACAGGUGCCGAUCGCCGUGCCUCGCGAGCGUGGCUCCCCGAGCGUCGUGGCAUGCAUGGAGGUGGAGCGCAUGUCCGGGCUGGCCGGCCUGCUCAGUGCCAUGAUCACGUACCGCAGCGACGUCCCCGUGCCGCUCACGCCGCCGCAGUCCUCGCCCGAGUCGCACGGCAACCUGGACCCCGACAUCCGCCUGCCCAGGAACCUACCCACCGCCUUCCUCACGAGCAUCCCCAAGUGCGGGGGCUGCGGCGAGAUGAUCCUGGACCGCUUCAUCCUCAAGGUGCUGGACCGGACGUGGCACGCCAAGUGCCUGAAGUGCGCCGACUGUGGCGCGCAGCUCUCCGACAAGUGCUUUGCACGCGGCGGGCAGGUGUUCUGCAAAGACGACUUCUUCAAGGGGCCCAGGCGGUACGGCACCAAGUGCGCGGGCUGCGGACAGGGCAUCCCGCCCACGGAGGUGGUGCGGCGCGCGCAGGACCUGGUGUACCACAUGCGGUGCUUCGUGUGCGUGCUGUGCACGCGCGAGCUGACGACGGGCAACGAGUUCUACCUGAUGGAGGACCGCAAGCUGGUGUGCAAGGCCGACUACGAGGCUGCCAAGAGCAAAGGUGAGUUGGAGGGCAGCCUGGACGGCGACCAGCCCAACAAGAGGCCGCGCACCACCAUCACGGCCAAGCAGCUGGAGACGCUCAAGGUGGCCUACAACAACAGCCCCAAGCCCGCCAGGCACGUGCGCGAGCAGCUGAGCCAGGACACGGGGCUGGACAUGCGGGUGGUGCAAGUCUGGUUCCAGAACAGGCGGGCCAAGGAGAAGCGGCUGAAGAAGGACGCGGGCCGCACGCGGUGGAGCCAGUACUUCCGGUCCGUGAAGGGCGUGUCCUCGCCGCGCCACGACAAGAUGGCCGACGACGAGCUCAAGGUUGACAUGGACUCCAACUUUAGCCACAGUCACGGUGAGUGUCGGGGAUUCGGGUUCGACUACCGCCCGUCUGGCGCGUUUUCUUCUCUUUUUGUUUCGCGAAAUUUUUAGCAGUGGCUUUACUUUUAGAAAGUAAUAUUCAGUAAACUGUAACU